AUGGUGGGCGAUUGUGGCAGCCGACGGUGCCGCAUGGAGGCGUCUGCGUGCUCUCUGCAACGCGUGGACAUGGCAGCAGCAGCAGAUUGCACGGUCACCUGCCCCGCUGAUUUUCGCCCAUGGCAAACGGGUGCCGAAGAUGGUCCGACUGGAGGGUCGGGGAUGGAGGGGAUGGGCAUGGAGGGGCAUGGAGAUGGUGGUUUUGGUGGUGAGGGCGUGGCCCUGCGCAGGGUGGGCCCACCCUCUCCACCACGUCAUUGCUUCACCAUCACGCCAGCCGCCUCCCCCCUCCCCCCCAACAACGAUGCGAGCCAGAUUCGUCCGACGCCGGGACGAGUCGGGAUGCCAUGGUUGCCGUGCGGUGCGCCAGGCCUACUGAUCCGCAUGCAGGUACAGGGAGUGGCAUUGUGUGCAGUCGUGGACAAAUCAGCUGGCAGCGGCAGCGUGCAAGCGGAGGCAUGA